GCCCGGAGUGCUGUGCGCCUGCGCAGCGCCGGGCGCUGGGAGAGGCCCGGCGCAGGAGUGGGCUGGCUUUGGGGAAGGGGAAGCUGCCGCCACCGCUCUCCUUCCUCUGCAGCCAGGCCCUCCUUUCCGGCGGAGAGGUUAGUGCACUGCCCGCCCUAGCAGUUCGCGUGGCCCUGCGCAGUGGCCCCCCGCCGGCCGUGCACCUCUCGCGUCACGGGUCUCCCCGGGACCGCUGUGGUGCUCUGCCCAUGACGGUGAUCUUUGGUCCACUUCGCUGGGAGUGAAAAGCACUCAAUCCACAGACACUUACGGAACGCUUUUUUGAGCCAGUGCAAAGCGGUAACUGCAAAGGUGAAAUAUCUUUGAAAUUAAGGCAUUGGAAGCUUGGGAUGUGGUCAUGUCAGCCAGACUUCUCCAUGCCCUGGCCGGAUCUCCCUGCGUUUUAUCGAAAGCAUGUCCGCGCCGAAGACUGGUUCAUGGAACAGGAAAGCCACUCCAGGAAUUUGAGAGCGCAGCACGCGGCGCCCUGGCGAGAAGUCACGCCGUGGGCUUGUUCUUUCCCGAUCCCGCAGCCGGGGGUCUGAAUGAGUCCCGGGUCCUGGAAAUGAACCCGAACGCAUCAAAGACAAGCGUAUUCUCUGCAUUCAGCCCUGCACGCUGCCGAGAUGGACAGGCACACCUCCCCACCAGGAAGUCUUUGGGCACUCACCGGCUGACUCACAAACCAAAUCGAUUAGGCCCUAAGUGGUUUAUAAAAAUCAUCGAGAGGCAUUGCUCAUCUACGUCCACAGAAACGCUUGUUCCUAAACAAGACUUUCCGCAGAUCAAGAGACCACUAAAAGCUUCGCGGACCCGGCAACCGUCCAGGACCAACCUUCCGGUUCUGUCCGUGAACGAGGACCUGAUGCACUGCACGGCGUUUGCAACUGCCGAUGAGUAUCACCUUGGCGCUCUCUCACAAGACCUGGCCUCUCAAGGAUAUGUUGAAGUCACAAGCUUGCCUAGAGAUGCAGCCAAUGUUUUGGUGAUGGGUGUGGAGAACUCUGCAAAAGAAGGUGAUCCGGGAACAAUAUUCUUCUUCAGGGAAGGAGCUGCUGUAUUCUGGAAUGUAAAAGACAAAACUAUGAAGCAUGUGAUGCAGGCUCUGGAGAGGCACGAGGUGCAGCCCUACGAGACGGCGCUGGUGCACUGGGAGAACGAAGAGCUCAACUACACAAAAACCGAGGGGCAGUCGAAACUGCACCGAGGAGAAAUCCGGUUGAAUUCAGAGCUAGAUGUGGAUGACGCCAUCCUAGAGAAAUUCGCCUUCUCCAAUGCUCUCUGCCUUUCAGUGAAACUGGCCAUUUGGGAAGCAUCACUGGAUCAAUUUGUGGAAUCUAUUCAGUCAAUUCCAGAGGCUUUAAAAACUGGGAAGAAAGUGAAACUAUCUCAUGACGAAGUUAUGCAGAAAAUGGGUGAACUCUUUGCCCUCAGACACCGUAUAAACUUGAGUUCAGACUUCUUGAUCACUCCGGAUUUCUACUGGGACAGAGAAAACCUGGAAGAACUUUACGAUAAAACUUGUCAGUUCCUAAGCAUCACUCGUAGAGUUAAGGUCAUGAAUGAAAAACUUCAGCACUGCAUGGAGCUGACAGAUCUAAUGCGGAAUCACCUGACAGAGAAGAGGGCGCUCCGCCUGGAGUGGAUGAUCGUCAUCCUCAUCACCAUAGAGGUAAUGUUUGAGUUGGUACGAGUAUUUUUAUAAUCAAGUGAUGACCCAAGGAAAAGUGUUAUUGCAAGACAUAUUCAGCUCUACAAUCAAAAAUAAAUGUUCACGGUUGGGGGGGCGGGGGAGUCUUAUUUAGUAGGUAUUUAAUUUUUUUUAAUCAAGAAGUUAUAAUCUUCCGUUCUAAAUGUAUUGCUGCUUGAAUAAAAAUUAUGAAGAAUCUAA